CUAAUAUUAAAAUUAAGACCUUCAUAGUGUAAGAACAUUUAUUACUAUGUUCUUACCACUUAUAUUACACAGGUUUUAUUUCCAUUUACUUAAUUCGUAAUAUAUAUUAAUUAACAUAGAGGGAGAUGCUGAUUUGACAAUUCUACUCGUCUGUAGCCCGGAGCUACUGACAUCGAACCAACAAAGGACAAUUGUGUUUGAGUGGCCGUUAUAGACAUAGUUUUCAAUACUAUUACUUUCGUCUUAUUUAUAUUAUUUAUAACUUAACUUGUUUUAUUCAACGACCUGUCUAUCGCCAAUUGUCAUCAUAGCCAACCAACUCCGUCUCACUUGGAUAUACCUACUAACCAAUUGUAGUAGGAUUCAGGUUUAUGAUAAUAGUAUUUAACUUAAAUACAUGGAGAAGUUAAAGUCUAAAUACAUUAUACCUAACUAAUAUUGCAUAGCAACGGUAAGCAUAUUCAAUAUCAUAUUUCUCCAUGGAAACUGUUCAAUUAGUUUUUUUUCAAUUUUUUCAAGCUGAUUUUGUAAAUUUUGAUUGAACAAAUCGUAAAAAAUCAACUAACAUAAUGGAAGACGAAGAUUUUGAUGAAUCCAUGCGAAAAGUUAAUCUAAUCGGUGGUAUUGUUAAAGACAUAGCCUCUAAAGACGAUUGUAAAUCUCGUUUGGGAAUGAUCCGUGCUGAAGAGCUGCUAGGGAACUAUGAUAAAACGUGGGAUGAAAGUUCAUUGAAAACCGUUCAAAACGGUACAAAAAUUAAUCUUAAAGCUUUUGAAGAUUUAAAUACGCAUAAUGAGAAAGUCCCAACAGACGCAGCUGGUUUUAUGGCAUACGUGGAAAGAGAUGCAAAACAGAGAGCUGAUGCUAAAAAAAAAGAAAUUAAACAAUCAGACUAUUUUAAGACCAUGGGUAACCACGAGUAUAGGAAUAAAAAUUUCGAAAAAGCUUUAAUUUAUUAUAAUCAGGCGAUUGAUGUUCGCAAAGACAGUUGUGUACUGUAUACCAAUAGAGCAUUGACAAAGAUCAACUUGGGUUUGUUAGACGAAGCUGUUGCCGAUUGUGAUAAGGCGUUGCGCAUCAAUGAACGGUCGCUGAACGCAUUGCUGUAUAAAGCGGAAGCUUUAAACGGGUUGGGUGACAUGGCGGUGGCAAAGCAAGUAUUAGCUGACGCCCUGAACACUUAUCCAGACAAGACACAACGCAUACAAGAUUACCGAAAGAAGUUGAAUUUAUGAGAGAUUUUCUACUUGUCAUGCUUCAUUUUCAGUUAUUUUUGAAUAAGAAAAAUAGAAAUGACUAUUAAUAUUUUAAAUUAUAUAUUAUCAAAUAAAUAAGUCAACGUUUAUUUAUUUCGAAAAAAUUAUCUUCUAACAAUAAUUUAUAAAAAUAAAACAGAAAAAAUACUUUAAAAAUUAUUAAUGUAUUUU